AUGAACAUUAAUAACUAGUUACUAAAGAUCGUACAGGAUAUUCAAUUAACAAUUAAGAGUGAUUUCGAUCUUAAACCCAACCUUGAUGAGUUGAUCACAAUAUUGAGAUAAUAAGUGACUAUUCUGAUUGAGUUGGUACAAUAAUAAAAGAGUGUUGAUUAUGAUUAAUUGGAGAAAGCAGUCCAGAAGGCUGAAGCUGAAAUUCGAAACCAUGUGAGAGUAAUAGUGCAAUUCCUACCAAUUUAGGUUGAAUAGUAAAUGAAGUUAUAUUCGGACAGUCUCUAAGAGAAGAUUGAUUAAUUGGAAAGGGAAAAACAGGAAUUGAUUGACAAGAAUAAGACCCUGAUUUAAAGUCAGGAACGAAAGAUCUCUUCACAAAAUGCUACCAGAGAAUCGAGUCCUAGUUUAUUCAAGAAGUCCUACAUCUUAGGCAAUUAGGUGUAUAAUAGAUAAUAGGGUACUUCACAAGACAACUGUACAUCAAUCAUAUAAAAUUGUGACAGUCAUUAGACCAGAGAAAAACGAAGCUCGGGCACUUAACAUUCAUACAUUAUGAUGAAAAAUAUUCGAGAUAAAGUCAAUAUGAAUGCUUCUUAGGAAAAGAUUAAUGAUAAAAGUUCCACAAUUCUCAAAUCUCAAAAUGGUUCCUCGCUCAUUAAAAUGUAUAACAUUUAGAAAUUAAUCAUCAAAAAUCAAUAAGAUAAAAAUUUAUAAUAAUUAAAAAAGUACUAUUCUUAUCCUAACCUUAGUUAAACUCUGAAUCAAAUUUUGGAUGACUCUCAAGCCACAAAGAAGAAACCUUGA